AUGGGUAAAGGGGUGGAUGGCCUGGUGGAGUGGUGUGUGAGGGAGAUAUCGUUUGCGGACGACGAAGGCCUUACUCCCCAAAAAUUUGUUCUCGUCGUGAAAAGGUAUCUCGAAGAUGCAGACAACAAGAACGAAGCAACAGCAAAGAGCGGCGCUGUCAUUGAAAACACGGCAAAUCUAGAUGUCGACCACCUUGACCCAGUGGACGUCGAGAUUGCGGCUCCAGUGUGGCAUGAUGUGGCUGCCAGAGCCGAGAUAUUCGUCGGUAGCAGCAGGUCUGACAAAACUUGGAAUCACCUGCCCUUUGAGUCCAUCUAUGAAUUACCAGAUACACCAAAAGAUGCGGCGCAGUCGGAUACCAUUGUCCAUGCGGGCAAAGAUGACCUGCCGAACUUCCAGCCGCGGAUAUUCACCUCUGAGGAACUGACGUGGAUCAACAUCACAGGCCAUGGCAUUGACUUUCUCAAGAUCCCUCCCCUCUGCUGGAAACUGUUGCCCAAGCUCGCAUCCUGUCACUACGAGGGUUGUUCACAGGGAAACCUGUGUAAGAUGGGAGGGGGCGACAUUCGGUCUGUACCUAAAAGGACAGACAAACUUGCUGAACAGGGCUACAUCGUCAAGCGUACCGUGGUACUCCGCGGCUCCAAGACAAGCAAGCUCUGGCUCACUCAGUUCGCACCUCCGGAUCUGCCCAGUGCAGAAAACCCCAACACUUGGGGUCGUGAUCUGGACCUGUCACGGGAUCACCUCACAAAGAGCUUGCGGCCGGUGCCAUGGUGUCACCUUUGGACUGGCGUAACUAUUGAGUAUGAGUCCUUUGGCCGCACCGCUAUCGCUGUGAUUCGAGCAUGGGAGGUUAUGAGAAUCGCCGACUUGAAGAACAAGCUAGGCAUCCACGGUGUUCGUUGGCAGAUGAAGGUUCUCGCGAGAAUGCUUCGCAGGUUUGCAAGUGCCGGUAUUACCAAGUAUGUAGCCGCAAAGCUUGGUGAGACGGGUAAAGUUUUCAAGGACUGCGUCAAGUAUGUGCGAGAGCCUACGGACGAUGAAUGGGAGAAGUACCUUUCAACAGGCGGUGGCAAGGCUCAGUACACCAAGGCCGGGAAAAAGGGAAACAAGUCGGUGGAGCCUAAGAUACCUACAGGUGGUCCCAAACCAGUUGUCUCGGCCCAGCUUUCAAAAUGGUCGCCCGAAAGGCCGUUGGUCAACCUGGUAUACGACACCAUCAAGCGAUCUGCCUUUCAGGGUCUAACAGGUCCUCAAGUCAGCACUUUGACAGUCGGCUAUGCUUUUCGUCGCUACAUGGACAGUCUUAUGCCUGUGUUAUCAAAGUCUGAAAUUCAGCCGGGCCAUCUCGGCCACCUGACAAUUCGUCCUGAGAAUAGAGGCCCUCGGUCGCGAGUGUUCACCACUGAGCCUUCUGACGGUCCAGAAAUUGCACCUGGAACUUUGAGUGCUACGAUCGCAGGUACCCUUGAGCCAGCCGCAGCGUUGGAAGCUUUCGGAUUUGGGCCAAUAUUGGAGACGCUUGCGGCAACUCCGGCGAAUGCUACUUUGACUUCCCUUGCACGAAUCACCAAUGACUAUGGCGAGCAGACAAGGAUGAUGAAGCCGCUUAGCAUACAUUCUGAGAAUGUUAUUCUCGCCCAGGCCGAGGGCAGUACCAGUGAGCACCUGGCAAAGAAGGCUCGUCUUGAAAAUGUUCCUCAAGUCGAGGAGGAGAUUGAAGCAUUGAAUGCGACAGUGCCACCGGGUGUAGGUUUGCAAGAUGCUGGAGCAAGCCAAGAUGAAAUUGAUCAAGCUGAUCUCGAAGAGCAUACACGUGAAUCAAAGAAACGCAGUCGACCGCUCGAGCGCCGACCAGACAUCGAACCUGGCGCACGUGCCUUCAUUGCUCAGGAGGAUGAGCGUCCCAAGAAGAAGGGCCGCCCAUCUAAGAACCCAGUGAUGCCCAUCAUCAUCAAAUUUGUUGGCCAGAGCGUCCAGCGCUGGCAGGUUUCGGCAGGCUUUGAGCUGUCAGAGUCAUCCCUUGCUACUGACGAUGAGGAUAGAGACAUUGAGCCUUCAGAUGAGGAAGAGUCUGACGAGGAAAUUCCGGCCCCGUAUCUCACGAUGGAAGCACGUUACAAUGGACGUCCUGGCCAACUUAAAGUAUCUUCAAGCGAACAAACGGUCGUUUUUGAGUAUGGUGGAAAAGCAGCCAGCAAGCCCUCCUUGCAAAUCACCAUCGCGAGUAUUGUGGACAACCCGUCCAUCGACACACCCCCGGACGAUGAUGAUAAGUGUUUGGUCAUCAAUGCGACCCGGAACAAUUCUAGGUGGCCGUACAUAUUUCAUUUUGACAACACUGCGGAAGUCUGCGAGGCUGCGACAGCGCUUAGAGAUCAGGUCGAAAGCCUACGCAUGGGAACCGUAAUUAAGAAAAAGGCCAAGAAACCGAAAAAGCCCAAGAAUUCCGGCAAGGCGGCGAAUGGCAUUAAGCGGAAGUGGAAGGCCGAAGGUUACAAAUGUGAUCGAUGCGGAUCGGUCUACAAGAACGACAAUGGACUCAAAUAUCACCAGGAGAAAUCACAGACGCCCUGUAAUCCAGACUUUGACCCGAAGGUCAUGGCAGAGAAGCCAGACAAACGGCGAAGAAGUCAUGUUGAUGGCAAUGAAGACCAAGGCACUCCAGCUGGCAGAGGCCAAAGGUCUGCACGGUUACAGCUUAAGAAGCCCAACCAUGAGCCGGAGCAGCCCUCGAAUGCAUUCGGGCGCAAAAUCAGCAAACGGCCAGAGAGUGGCUUCGCAACUCGUCGCGGCAUAGGAUCGCUGGAGAAAGGUGCAAUUGAAGAAGCACCUCUGGUGCUUGGUCAAAGCCUACCCACUGAGCCUGAUCCGCUUAGGGUGGACGAAGUUGUGACCGAGGAAGCUCCGGUAGAGGCUGUGGAGCAGAGUUCUCCAGCUGAGGCUGCGUCGAUGGACCAGCAAGAAUCAGCUGCCGACCAAGUUUCAGCUUCUGAAGACAGCAAUGGCUUUCCCAAGUUUGUUUUGCCGCCUCUUACCAACCCAAAGUUGCUGGAAUCCUCGCAUCGGACAAUCUCAGUAAUUCAAUACCUAGUCUAUGUUCACGAUGGGGUUUUCCCGGGGGACAAGGCGAUGUGGUAUGCUGUUUAUACUAUGCACGAGAAGGAGUUUCCCCAAGAAAUCCACCCGAGCUUUCGUUCAUGUCUGGCUAUUAUCAAAACAAUGGAGAGGCGCGGAUGGUUGCGCACGUACGCUUAUGCGUGGAGAGAUGAAAAAGGUUCUACCUCAAAACUGUACUUGGCAAUAAAAGAAGGGGUACCCGACUCAAGCCCAAAGAUUGCCACAAUGAAAGAACGAAUCCAGGCCGCGCAUCCACUGCCAUACGUCCCUCCCGGGUUCGAACCGUCUCCCGAGACGCUGGAUGCCCUCCACGCUAGAUUAGCGGACGAGUCAUCUCGCAUGCAUAGUAGGGCCUCCCGGAGAAAACAGGUCGAGGUUGAGGUACUGAAGGCGCCCUUCUAUGAAGAAACUCGAAGUGACAGGCUCGCAAAACAAGAGUCACCAGCUAGACGAACACAUGUUUCGGCCUUUAGACCUUCCCCUAUACAAAACACUCGCUCGUUUCCUCCGGGGGAUAGGAGUGAGCUGUUGCGGAGUAGACUCAAGGCUUCGCUCGCACAGCCGAGGCAACCAAAGCGGAGAAGCCUAUUUGAGUCUUCAAACCCGGGUCUAGACAGCCUCCCGCCACACUUUUUCAACGGGACUAUCGCUCUCCACGACGGUGGCGUUGCACUUCCGCUGGAUUCAAGUGGAGGCGGUAUUUCUGAGGCCUCGGCCCCUAUCAGUGAUCCUUUUCUCAGGCAAAGGUUGCCAGGAAGUGUCGACGAGAUACCGCACAACGCUCCUCACAGCGAUGACGAAUGGGCUGAUCCCCACUGGGCUCGGUUCACUUGGCACGUCAAUGCUUGUCGUGAAUGGGAGCAGGCGGACGAGACGUCACAGUUACUCCAGUCUUCAACCUUGGCCCCAGAGUACUGUUUUCUCAAUUUCACAGUGGACCCAGGGGCAUUCGAGGGAGUUGACAGUCCUAGUCUGCAAUGGUUUGCUGCAGACCAAUUCAAUAUUCUCGACCUACCAUACAAGAUCCUGGCUAGGGAUGUGUAUAGAGUCCCUGUCUUCCGGAAAGUCAGAGAGUUGACUGCUUUCCCGCAUACCCCAGAAGACUAUUCAGCACAAGAACUGGUGGAGGUAGACGACGAUGUGGACUGGUCGGCCGAGAACACUAAACUCGCAGCGUUUAUAGCCAUCAGGGUGCUUCUCGGUGGUGUUGAGAAGGUGAUUGACUGGGGUCUGAUGAUGAGGCUCUUUCCCGAUGUAAAGCUGUCUGCUCUGAGGAAAUUCUGGGGCCAUAUGAGGAAGACCCGAUCAUUCUACAUCGAAGCAACGACGGAAUUGUUUCAGGAUAAUUUCCUCGAGGCAUAUGAGGAAGGAGAGCUGCCGCCCCUCAACUAUGAUGACGUUUUGGCUUACGACUGGAGGCGGCUGAUACGGUGGACUCUCAACGAGAUGAUUGAACAAGACAUUGUUCUCCCUGCGACCAAAGAGGGUCUUGAACAAGAAUACGUUGUGGACGAUAACGCCUAUACCGUGCCAGAGUGGCGGGACACGUACUUUCACUACCAAAGGUCCAUCUGGAACAGGUUCCAGGACUUCACUUCUGAGGUAGCGGCCAUGCCAGCGAAGCCGCAGCUAACAAACUACAGCUCGCUGGAAUCAAUCAUCACAUCUUGGAUCCGGGCAUUGUGCUCGACGCCUCCCGAGUUUUACUCGCCGGGCUCCAUCAGGGACAGGGUGUAUUCCCUCGGCGUUCGCGAUGAUCACGAGGUCAGCUGCCUUCUUCAAGGAGCAAUGAUCGAUCUACAGCGUCGUCGCGUGAUAAAAAAGAGCAAGCCAGCCGCGCUGAAGUCUGGACGACCUUACAAAUAUACGCAAUUCUUCUACACGACCCUAGACAAGUACUCGCAGCCUCGCAAGUUCUCCCAGGCGGCCAUCUUCAAGGCUCAUCUCGACAGUCUUUUCCGACAAGGGAAGAUCCUAGAGCGGCUCGACUUUACAGUCGACGACGGCGCCAUCAUGGCGAUCGUGAACCUCCAAGCCCACGGCAGGAUCAAGGUCGAGCCGAUCGACAUCCCGAACAUCCCCUUUGGUUUCGACCCGGGCAACUACGAGACGAGAAAAUACAACAAGGACUUUUACCAGUUCAGCGUCAGGGUCCUACCGACCGACAAGUACGUCUACAAUGAAGACAUUCCCUUACUUGACCGAGUCAGGACCUCGACUCCGCCGGGCAUGGGGCUCAACGGGCAGCUUCCGACGUGGUGCGACUUUUUGGGCACGAUCGACUGGUCGCGGUGGGCGAGGUUCGUCUCGGCCGUCUUCUUCAUCCUGGCUACGAGGGGCUCCAUGGGACCGGAGCGGGCGAGCGCGGCCUUGGGCCCCCUGACGGAACCGUACGACGUCCAAUGCAUCAUGGACUGGGGUGUAAGGCUGGGGUUGCUCAGGGAGAUGGUUGCCGGUGGCGGGGUGUGCGUCAACGACUGGUGGUGGCUGGGUAUGUCCAAACUCACGAUUGAUGAAGAAGUUUCGGAUGGUGAGGAUACGACUUGA